UCUAGCCUAAUGUUAGAUUUUUUCACUUGAGAGAUCAUAAAAUCGUGUUAAUAUGUUGAGAUUAUCCUGCUGAACAAAACGUGUAAGCAUCAUAAACGUUUUUUUGCCACAGAUUAUUUUCUGCAAUAAUCCAAAAUCCAAUCCGAAUUCCUUACUUAAAGCCAGCAGAUAAUGCAGUUGUAAAUGUGUGCAGGUCUUGUUCUUAUUGUCUCAACCUCUCGUCCUGCAGGUGAGGAAUCUGUGCUACAUGGUGAGUCGUCGUGAGAAGCUGAAGGUUCUGCAGAGCAAAGCCCAGGAGCAGAUGUUCAACCUCCACAUGAAGCUGCUGAACCAGGAGCUCUCUGCUGGUCUUCCUUCUUCCUCUUCCACUGAGAGCGUGCUGUUUCGUCCUCCUCCGAGAAUAACUCUGAAGCUAAAAAUGCCCAAAUCCUCCAGCCUAGGAAACGGUGGUUCUAAAUCCGGGAAUGGGCCGCUGUGCCCGGACAAUAGCGUGAAUGUGACGGAUCAUUCAGGGGAAGGCUUGGGUCUGGGGAAGCCUCAGAUGCACGGACACAACCGGAGAGACGAACGUUCAAACGGGCGUAUUUCGUCCUCUUCCUCUAGCCGCCCGAUGCUCCCCGUCACGAAGCCCGGCGGGAAGCCUCUGGCUCUGCAGGCGGCGCUGCACGGACACGCCUCCCACAGCAACGGCAAAUCCAACGGCCUGCUGGAGAAGCUGGUGUCGCAGAAGAAGGACAGUUCCUGCCAGACUCCCAGCGAGCAGGAAGCUACAAAAAGCAGCUUCCGUAAGUCCGCCAUGGAGCACUUUGGCCGCUCCUUUAAAGAGGCCACCAUCAACCUGGUGAGGACCACGGAGGACCUGAGGGCCUCCGACAAACUGAGCCGCAAAGAGAGACUGUGGGCCAAGCCGGAGUCGGAAACCCCGGUGGUGAGCGGGAGGCAGGACAGCGACGGGUACUGUCCCGACCUGGAGCUCAGCGACUCGGAGCCCGAGGCCAAGGGGAGGCACCGGCGGCGACAGGGGGGGGCGCCGGCCGACCCCCAAAAGAAACAGGGCUCCAGACACCCGGUGCAAAGGUGACGGCAGUGUGCACCCCCCCCCUCCACACUGAACAACCUGAAAUGUUGAGUUUCAUUAUAUAAAUGAUCUCAACAGAUUUCACAUUAUUGUAUUAGGUUAGUAGAAAGCAAUUAGGUCUAACUUAAUGUUGUUGCUAACCUAAUACGUGUUUGUGAAAUGUGUUGAUAUGAUACAUUUAAUUAAAGUCAACGGUUCCGUUUUUCAGUUUAGUCUUCCUAAGUGUCUUUGUGAACACGCCUGUACACUACAGCUGCAGAGAUUCAUCCUCAAAACUGUUAAAACUAUUUUGAUAGAUUUCAUUUUUUAGAAAAAAAAGACAAAAUUCUGUAUCUCCAGCUUCUUAAAUGUGAAUAUUUCCUCAUUUUCUUUUCUCGUCUUUGACAAUAAACUGAAUAUAUUUGAGUUGUUGACCAAACAAAACUUCAUUUUUCACCAUUUUAUGGACCAAAAAGCUAAUAGGUGGUGCAGGAAUGAGUCCUAAAACCAUGACUCAGCAUUGUAGCACUUCCUGUUCCCUCAUCUUAAAGUCAAUGGUUUUCUGAAUGUGCUUUUGGUUAGAAGCCUGAAAUAAGGUCAGUGGUUAAAACAAGGUGAAUAUAUUUUUAUCCUACGACAUAAAAUGUGUCAGUAAAUAUCCUUCUGAACAAAAUGACAUCAACAAUGUUCUGCAAUACUCCAAAACUUGUAAAAUCCCAUUGGCUUUUUGUAGAGGGAACCAGAGAGAUGCUAUAUCAUACCGCAAUAAAUAUAAUUGCAGCUCUAUACUGUACAUACGCAAAGAUCAAGAUGCAUUAUGGGAAUUUUCUGCAACAUCAUCCAUUUGUUAAUUAAAUCACAAAAAUAGCCCCGUGUUAAUCUGUCGGAUUUUCACGACUGCCUUAUCCUGACUACAGUAACAUCUUGUACUCUGCACAUCUUUGUAUGAAACGCACACGUUCAAUUUGCAUCUCUGACUCAAACUGCUGUUUGAGACGUGUUCAAAUUGGGAUGUAAAUACUGUGAAUCUCACAUGUUCCACUAUCAAAGCAACUCGUCACCAGAAAGUGAAAUCCAGCAUCUCCUACACCUGUUUCUCACACACGUGUCUGUUACAGUUUGUUCUCACACAGGUGAUACACUGACUUUUCUAUUGGUCAAGUAUUGGGGGGUCGUUUUAUAAACAGAAAUGUGUGUGUGUGCAGUUUUACACCAUUUGUAGAACAAAGGGAGCAUGAAAAACAUGGAAGUUCUUGUGUCAAAGUGAAAAGAAAUGUGUGUAAGAAAGAAAAAUUACAUUCCCUGACUCAAAGCAGCAUUUAUAAAACGAACGACAGAAAAUAUUCGCAAGCUAUUUUGGUAAUUAUGUAAUUUUUCAUGCAGAAAUGUCUAAAUGUUUCCAACCUCUCAAAAGUUGAGAUUUUCUUUCGGUUUUAUAUCAAAACGAAGACAUUUAAAGACAAUGUUUUCAACAAAUAAUCAAGUAUGUGUUCAUUAGUUAGAGGUCAGGUGUGUUCUUCCCUCAGCUCGUCACAUGAUCAGCCUUCACUAUCACUCACUUCCUCUAUAUUUGUCUUUUUCUGUUUCUUGUUUCCUUUUUUGUUGUAAUAAAAGACCUGGAA